AUGAGAUACAUGCAGAACAGGAACAACGUGACAGAGUUCGUUCUACUGGGGCUGACACAGAAUCCAAAGAUGCAGAAAGUCAUAUUCGUAGUCUUUUUGGUUGUCUACAUUGUCUCUGUGGUAGGAAAUGUGCUCACUAUGGUCACCAUCACUACCAGCCCAUUAUUGGGGUCUCCCAUGUACUUUUUCCUGGCUCAUCUCUCUUUUAUUGAUGUCUGCUAUUCCUGUGUCAAUACCCCUAAACUGAUUGUAGAUUCACUCCAUAAGAAGAAAACCAGCUCUUUCAUUGAAUGCAUGUGCCAGAUCUUUGGAGAGCAUUUAUUUGCAGGUGCUGAUGUCAUCCUGCUGACUGCAAUGGCCUAUGACCGCUACGUGGCCAUCUGCAAGCCCUUGCACUACACGACCAUCAUGAACUGGCAGGUGUGUUGGUUGCUAGUGGGAGUGGCAUGGGCAGGAGGCUUUCUUCAUGCAACUAUUCAGAUCCUCUUCAUCUUCAGGUUACCCUUCUGUGGCCCUAAUGUCAUAGACCACUUUAUGUGUGAUCUGAACCCUUUGCUCGAAUUUUCCUGCACUGAUACCCACACUCUAGGACUCUUUGUUGCUGCCAACAGUGGGUUCAUCUGUCUGUUAAUCUUCCUCCUCUUGGUUGGCUCCUAUACAGUCAUUCUGCUCUCUUUAAGGACACGGAGCUUGGAGGCGAGGCAAAAAGCCCUUUCCACCUUGAUCUCCCACAUUACAGCAAUCCUCUUGUUCUUUGUGCCAAGCAUUUUUACUUACAUGAGACCAGCAGUUACUUUACCUAUUGAUAAAGCAGUUGCUGUAUUCUACACUAUGGUAACUCCCAUGUUAAAUCCCUUAAUAUAUACCUUGAGAAAUGACCAGAUGAAAAAUGCCAUUAGGGAAUUGUGUAGUAGAAAAGUGAUUUCAAGUGAUCGAUAA